AACUUUGUCGGACUUUACGUUUUACACACCAGUUGCUGGCGCAACUUGUCCGAGAAGAGUACAUUUGAAAUCCGCGUUGAAUUCGAGUGAGAUCCACGUGAUUUUGUGCUUGUGAUUCUUAGUUUUCGAAAACGAAUACUGACUACUCUCAUUAAUUUGUGUUGUAAGGCUGUCGUCUUUCCAAAUUGGAUUAUAUAAACUGGAAUAUUCUACAGGGAUUACCGGGGCGGCGUAGUGUAUUAUUCUCACAGCGUGCAGAUCAAAAUUUUCAAUUUAGAAACUAUCACACCAAGGCUUAAUUAUAUUUUCACAUCAUUCUGUUCAAAAUGAUGCCAACAUUGUGAUUAUCGUGGAUAAGGCAAAAUGGAAGAGAAUAAGACAUGAUAUUUAAAAGAAAUUUUAGACAUCGACGAUAGUAUUUUAGGUUGUGUGUGAUAUAUUUCGACUGCGAAUCUUAAAAUGAAGUACAUCAAUUCAAGCUUAAUCACCUUAAAAUGUGUUCUGUUCCUAUUUUUUGGGGCUAUAGGAAGCCUGUUCCCUUUCCUACCUCUCCAUAUGAACGCGAUAGGUCUCGCGGCGAAGGAUGAAUCUAUAACAGUCUCGAUAGUAGCCCCCCUGAUAGCUACAAUCGGGCCCCUCGUAGCUGCCCCGCUAGCGGAUAGGUUAGCUGGUGGUUUCGGGGGUGCCCCAAGGAGUAAGACUGGGCGGUACCUUAGGGUCAUGAUCGCCGUAUGCCUGGUACUAGCCACCAUCUUUUAUUGGCUGUUGCUUGCUAUCCCACCAAUUUUAAGAAGUCCACCCAACGUAUCUUUUGCAUGUGAUGAACAAGGAGGAUUUAUUCUACAAGAUCGGUGUGGAGCUGACAGGAUAUGUUAUAAUUGGGGAUCAACGAAAGGUUCAGUUUUGGUAAAGAAAUGCCAAUUUUCUUGUAACGCCUCGUCUUCUUACUCUGGCGAAUAUACAACACCAUAUUCCGAAGAAGAGGGAGUCUCUGAAGCUCCUGAAUACUUUGAAUCUGGUGAAGCAGAUCAACCUACUGACCCUAUUGAAGCACAAGCCUUGGUGUUCAAUGAUACUCAACCCAGCAAAAAAGAAGUUCAUUUCAUUCCACACCCCCACAUGUGCUACAAAAAUAGCAGUGGGGAAGAAAUUUGUGAGGUGUACACUGAAUUCACCAAACAGAUACAUUUCUCAAUUGGGCUAAAGCCCACAAUAACGAGUGAAGACGACGAAGAUGACACUUGCAAAUAUCCAUUUGCUGAUUAUUUCCACUGCAGGAUAAAUCCUGGUGUGGUUGACAAUCUAACCAGUAUACAAAUGGAUUGCCACCCUGUAGUUGUAUGUGAAAUCCAUAAUCCUUAUACAAACGAAAACAGUCUCCUGAAGAGAUCCCAGUGUGGCUAUGACAAUAUCAGCUUUUGGUUGUACCUGCUCAUCAGAUCUUUCGCCGAUAUAUUUCCCGCGGCAGCUGUUACCCUCUUAGCAACGGCCGUAGUGAUAGCUACUAGGGAAACGUCAACAGGUAGAGGUGAUAUUGGAAAACAAUUUGCAGCUGGCGCUUUAGGAUUUGGUAUAUUUGCUCCAAUCAUAGGAGGAGCUGCUGCUGGAAUAUACCUAUAUGCUAUGAUCAGCUUCACGGUAUUAAUGGCUAUUGCCGUUAUUAUUUUAUUAGUCGAUUUUAAAAUGCCAUUAAGUCCUCCAGAAUGGUGGUGGCACACCAGAUGUGGCUUACUGGCACUGCCGAUGUCUUCUGUAAGAAAAUACGGAUUGGAGAUAGCAGCUCUUGGUGUUGUUUUGUUCUUCCUUGGUGUUUUCUGGAAUGCUAUCGACACAUUCUUACCUUGGCAUGUUGUGAAAAUUGAAGAGGGCGAACCCCUUGACAUUGGUUUGACGGUAACAGUAGGAGCAAUACCUGCUGUGUUCUUCUUGAUAUUUGCGGAACGGAUCGUUGACUAUUGCGGGCAUUCCAAUAUCCUAAUAUUUUGUUUUGUGAAUUAUAUAUGUCACCAUUUAGCUCUCAUGUUCAUCGAAAAUGCCUCUUACAUCCUCCUAUGUGAAUGGAUGGAAAUUUUCACGUUGCAUAUUAUGUAUAUAACGUCCGUCUUAUAUUUGAGGCAUUUGGUGCCUCGCAAAUUUACUUCUUGUGGUCAAGCACUGCCAAUUAUUGCUCACUUUUGUUUAGGUCGAUGUUUCGGUGCUCUUUUUGGAGGGAUGGCGUACUCAGAAUAUCCCAACAAUUUCCAAGAUGUCCACAGAAGCUUCUGCAUCGCUGCCGCAGUUAUUGCUAUCAUUUAUUUCCUUGCUUAUCAUUUCUACAUGAAACCAAAAUGUGCAGCUCCAGUGCACUUACCACCUGAUCCCGCACCGGCUAUAUUCCAAAAUGUGAAUGAGAAUGGAUCUUACACACCUCUGAGGGUAUAUCACAACAGUAAAUCGAAGAAAGGACAUUUUAGAUAUUAGUUAUUUAUAUUUCAUAUGUGUGUAAAACAGCUUUACCUAUUUUUGUAAUAAAUGAUAUAUUUAUAUUUAUAAGCUUUAUUGUAUAUUUUUUUACUUUUUUGAUAGUCUUUCAAGUUAUAUGGCUGUGGUUCAUGUUUCACCACUUUUUUUUUACAAGAAUUUGAAGUACAUUUCUGUCACUGUUCUCACUUCACUAGUUUUACAAUUUCUCUUGGGUUUUAUAUAAAAAAUGCAAUUCAAAGAAUUGCCAUAUUCUAGUAAAAAUGAAGGAAUCAAAUACAUUGUAGAAAUUAUUUGAGGAAAAUUGGUUUAAAAAAGUUGCUAUAAGCAACACAAAAACAUGCUCAGUAAAAGCAAUUUUUAGUUACCUGUGUAAAACAUUAAUGUUGUAAAUAUUCUUAUCACUUAAAUUUCUGACUCAAAAAUAGAAAAAUCACUUUUUUUAACAUAUUCACAGCCAUAUCUUUCGCAGCUUUGUUAAUAGUUACAAACUUUUUAAAUAAAACUGUGGUACCUAUCUCAUAGAAACAUGCAUCAAAUACAUGUACAUGUUGUUAAUUUUGUACACAAAUAUUUUUGUUUUAUAUUGUUUUUUUUUUUAAUUAAUGAACUGUAUACAGUUAAUGAAAUAAAUAUUUGAUGUGUCCAUAUUUUUCUCUUGUAAAGUUUAAGUUUUUAAGAUUGUAGGUAAAUAUAAUU